AAAAACAAGAUGUCUUCACUACUAGUAAUAUUCGUCUCAUCUGCUUUGUUCGUGGCGAGGCUGAGGAAGAUAUUUUCCCUAUAGUGAUUGAUAAUAAUACAACCGUUGAAAAUCUGGGAGUCGAAAUCAGAAAUGUCCGGCGAGACUUAAAUCAAAAAAACUUCGAUCUAUAUGUAAGAAAAUUCAAACAAAUCAAUCAUAUAGAAGAACUUAAAAAAAAACCUCCUUAUCCUCAAUAUGAUGAAAUAGGUCCUAUUCAUGUUAUCAUCAGAAACAAUAACAACUGUGAAGAAUUUGUGCCAAUCGUUGAAAGUUUAAUAUACUGGAAUCGCGUUCUUGGAAUUUGUUGGGAAUUUGUUUUUGGUGAAAUCG